UAACGAAAAAUGUUUCCUUGGACAUGUGCCUUACCCCUUCACCCUUGAAAAGCGCACCUACAUCAGCCUUAGCGAAUGGACACAUUCAUUUUGACACGCCACAAUAUAAACAACAAUCAUAUUCGCAAACAGGAUCUGUCAAUGCUACGCCUCAAAUAACGAUGACUGAUACACAUAAUGGUCAUAAUAUACCAUAUCCUCAUCAAAUAUAUCAACAGACCAAGCAAUUUGAUCCUGUGACGGAGUUGCUGGCUGAGAAAAGACGACGGAAUGCUGGUGCAUCGGCUCGUUUCCGCGAUCGACGAAAACAACGUGAAAGAGAGAUGCAAGAAAAAUGCCGAUUUUUGGAACGAAGAGUGCAAGAAUUGGAAUGUACAGACAGUGCUAAACGCAUAUCUGAAUUGGAAAAAAAGUUGAUGGAAGUUAAUGAGGAAAAGAACGCUUCCCAAUGUAAAUUACGAGAAUUGGAAAAAGAGAUUCGUCAAUUACGUUCCAGAUUGUACGAACAAGAAUUUGAAUUUCUCACUCCCCCUUCGUCAUCUGGGGAGUGUGAUUCCAAAGACAGUCCCUUUGACAUUUCUUUAAGGGCUUCAAGAGAAUCUUCAACAUCUUCGGAACGUCCAC